GCCGGAGUUCAAGAUGGCGAUCGGCGAACAGCUCAUAACGCAACUAAUCGAUUGCUAAUUUAACGAAAUCCUGUUAUAAUAAUAAAUAACGCUCUGUACGUUAUGUCGUCAUUUAAUGCCAGCAUCUGAUUCCGUGUUCCACGUUAAGACGGUGGUUUGUGGAUAUAUAGAACUAUUUUGUGUUGUUUUGUAGCUUACGUCAAAUAGAAAUAGUUGCUGAUCAGCUUUAUGAAACCGUCUGGAAUGUUUGGGGAGUUUUUAAUAGUUUGGAGGUCAAUAUGUCUCUAAGAGAGCUGAAAGUAUGCCUUCUUGGGGAUACAGGGGUUGGAAAGUCAAGUAUCGUGUGGAGGUUUGUGGAGAAUAGUUUUGAUCCCAACAUUAAUCCCACAAUUGGAGCGUCAUUUAUGACAAAGACAGUGCAGUACCAAAAUGAGCUUCACAAAUUCCUCAUCUGGGACACAGCUGGACAAGAAAGGUUUCGUGCCUUGGCUCCCAUGUACUACAGGGGCUCCGCUGCAGCCAUCAUUGUGUAUGACAUCACUAAAGAGGAAUCAUUCCAGACUUUGAAGAACUGGGUGAAGGAACUUCGCCAGCACGGACCACCCAACAUAGUGGUGGCUAUCGCUGGCAACAAAUGCGAUCUCACGGAUGCCAGGGAGGUGUCAGAGAAGGACGCUAAGGACUAUGCUGACUCCAUUCACGCCAUAUUUGUUGAAACCAGUGCCAAAAAUGCCAUUAACGUCAAUGAGGUCUUCAUUCAGAUCAGUCAAAAGAUCCCCGUUUUAGACACAGAUGGAGGGUCUGCGGUCAAAGGCUUCAAACUACGUCGGCAACCAUCUGAGUCGACCCGAGAACGCACUUGCUGCUGAUGCAGUUGUAAACAAUCCAGCCAAACCCUUGUCGACCUCUCACAUUCUAUCCAUUAGUAACCAAGGAGAAUAGCAAAUGAAGAAUGUGAUGUCAUAGAGGAUGUUACUGAACUUCCCUGUGGAGCCAAAAUAAAGUUCAGUUAAGAAUGGAAUGAGAUUUAUACUCCUGAUGCAGAGCAGAACAAAUGCCCACCUAAUGUUGUUGUAUACUCAUCUUGCCUGCUUUUUGGCCCCAUACGGGCAUCCUUAGAGAUCUAUUCCUAGGCUCUAGAUCACUGCCCAGAAUCAGACAGCAACCACCUGCUGAAUUGAUCAGAUACUGUGCUGUCUUGCUCUCUCUCUCUUGUUCAUCUGCAAAAGCUUGCAAAACUUUAUUUUUCCUUUAAAGCCACUGAUUGUCAGCUAGAACAUAUUUACAGUUCCAGCAGUCUGUCCAAAUGCAAGCAACAUAGCUUUCUUGUCUCUCUGUUUUUGCAGAUCUUUGGUAUAUAUAGUAUACAAUUUUUUUAGAAAAUUUUGGAGUCGUAAUUCACCCCAAAAUCAAAUGUAAGAUGAUAUAUAUAUAUAUAUAUAUAUAUAUAUAUAUAUAUAUAUAUAUAUAUAUAUAUAUAUAUAUAUAUAACAUAAUAUUUUGCUUAAAGAAAAUUAAACCUAUUUUUAGGAUCAUGAAGAGUUUUUGCAUUAAAGGAAUGUUCCUGUUUCAAUACGCUCAAUCGACAGCAUUUGUGGCAUAAUGUUGAUUACCACAAAAAUUAUUUUUUUCUUUUCUAUAAAAAAUGCAAUAUUUUGAUGUUACAGUGAGGUUAUUACAAUGGAAGUGAAUGGGGACAAUGAAAGUGAAUAUGGCCAAUUUUUGGAGGGUUUAAACACAGAAAUGUGAAGCUUAGAAUUUUAUAAAAGCACUUGCAUUAAUUCUUCUGUUAAAACUCAUGUAUUAUUUGAGCUGUAAAGUUGUUUAAAUCGUCAUUUUAGUCAUUUAAGGGUUUAGGGUUUGUUGACAUUUCAUCGUCAUGGUAAUGAAAUUGUAAAAUUGGCUUUAACUUUACACAGAAAAGGUAAGUAGGCAAUAUUAACACACUAAAAUCAUGUUUACACAAAUAUCCUUUAUGUCUUGUGGUUAUACUUUUGAAACAGUGAGUAUUUUAACAUUCAAAAAUUGGCCCCCAUUCACUUCCAUUGCAAGUGCCUCACUGUACUCUUGAUUUUUGCUUUUUUUUUUGUUUUUUUAAAGAAAAUGAGGGACGAGUCAAAGUACAUUUUUGUGGUAAUCAAUAUUAUGCCACAAAUGCUGUCAACUGAGCUUAACUUGUAUUGAACCCGGAAUAUUCCUUUUAAGCGUUCUUUUUACCACAAUGCAAAAAUUCUAUUUAUUUUAAUCCUCUUGUUCUACUUCUUAUUGCUGUAAUGCAAAAAUCAUAAAGUAUUUAUACAUCAUGGUAGUAUUUUUACUGUAAUACAGAUUUGUAAAAUAAAAACCUAAUUUAAUAAGAAUCACCA